AUGCGCGUCUCUGCUUCUCGACGACUGCGCCAAAGGCAAGCGGAGGCGGGAUCCGCUGUUGCCUCGGCUGGCCCCGGGACCAACAAAAGUUCGGCAACUCGCCUCGUCGUCAAGAAAAAGCCGGCGGCCAACGUUUCCAUGGAUCGACAAAAGAAUCAAGUCGCCUCUGCAGCGAAAAAGUCCAUCGCCACCGCAACCAGCAAAGCGAGCAGUGCAUCCUCGAAGCAGGCCGCGGUGGCGAAGCAGCCUGCAGCUUCAGCCUCCAAGAAGACUAGCAAGAAGGCGAUCAGCAAGAAGACUAAGUCCCCCAAGGCCCCGGCAAAGCCCUCGAAGGCAUCGCUUGUCAAGGCCAUCAAAACCCGUGAAGGCAAGGGCUCGCAGGGAGCUGCUGAAAACGGGGGCGUUUUCACAAACGAGGCUCACUUCGAGUCGCCAGCAGGAACCUCUCCCGAGAAAUCGACUGCCACCAUGGCUCUUUCUCGUUCUUCAGCUGCUGCAAACAGCGGCCGCGUGUCGUCUGCGCACUCUCCCGCCAGCGCCUCCAAGACCGGCGAUGCCCGCAGGGGACAGCGCAACGCAUUUCCAGAGAAACGCAGCGGCGGCUUUUUCAGCUGGUUGUGGAGACUGUGGGGCUGA